CUCAGUGGUAAUCUUGAGAACAUUCACUGAAACCAUCUGCUAUCUAGCAACAAGUUUGUCGAUAAUUCUUUCAACUUGCUUCUCGUCUCUUUGUCAGAAAUGGAGGCAGCCACGUCUACCUUCCAACAAUAUGGUCUUGGCCCUCGGGGUCCAAACCCAACAUACAGAGCUCAGCAGGCCCAGGGGCCCCAUCAACCAACUGCAGGGCCUUCAGCAGCUCCACGUCCUGAGGAGCAGCACCACAAACCUUUCUUCUACAUACAGCCCUCGCAGCCAUACAUGCCCAUGCAGAGCAUGCAGUGGCCUGUGCAGGUGCCAAUGCCUGUGUCCUACAACCCGUACUGUGGCUACCCUGGUCUAGGUUAUGGUAUGCCAGUGAUGCCCCACUUUCAGCCAAAUCCCUACAUGGAGCCACCUGGCUUUGUUGUCCCCCAUACCCAUCUCCAUUUGAUGGACUACCGACGCAUACUCAACCCUCAGUAUUACCAGACCAUGGCCUACCACUCCCGCAGGUUCCGCUACCAGCACAACAACCAGACCAGAGAAAUGACCAGCUCUGAGAUGCAAACUGAGCCAAUGUCUGCAACCCAGAAGACCAGCACUCCAGGUCCCAAUGAAGUUGGGGCCUCCAGUAGCCUCCCAGUCCCCAGCAGCGACAGCAGCCCCACUGUCCUCACCAGUCAGCCGCUCUUACCAGCCUUGGCUGUGCAGAACGGGAAUAAUUCUCUGGAGCUUGAGGACACAGUGCCCACUUCCGCCACCAGGAUGCCACCAAAUGGAAGCUUUGUGAUUCAGACAGAGGAGGUGAGGAUUGAGUGCUGCACCACGCCAGUGGGACUGCAACUCCUGCACGCUCAUGAGACUGCAGAAGUAUCCCACAGCUUUUCCCAAGACGUCGUCCAGUGCAGUAGCUCUGUCCUCCAGGGUCGUGUGCUGCAGGAUGAGGGACAGUGCCUUCCUGCAGACCAGUCAGAGCAGGCACUCCAAGCUUGUCCUGACAUCCUGUUAGUUGGGACGCCAAGCAGUGGUGAGAAGAUCCCUGCUCUGGAGGAGUCCAGGAACCAGACGGACCCUGUGACUGCUGCCUCUGAUGACAUUGGUUCCAGAGUGGCAGCUCACAGUGACAUUCAGGAGACGAGCAGUGAGAAGGAUCUGAACACAUCAUCCAAGAAUCUUCAUGUCAAAGUCGUUCGUCUGCCCUUCGACCCCAAGUACCUCGAUGAGCUGUGGAAGAUGGAGUCCACUGUUUGGUCAGUGGAGGAAACUGUGAUUCCCUCCCCUGACUCACUGAUCCAAAAUGGCCACACAGAGUCUCAUGAUGAAACACUGGUUGGUGAAGCUGAAGUGCCCUUAGCAGAUGUACUGACGGUGAGAGAGGAGGCUGCUAUAGAAGAGGUUGUCCCCAUGACUGAGAUGCCUCCUCUGGCAGAGGAUGAACUGGAGGACAUAGUUCCCACUGUGGAAGAGGGUCCUACAGAUGAUAUGGUGUCUGAAAUUGAUAUGUGCACCGUGAUGGAUGUUCCUGUUUCAGAGUAUGCUCCUAUGACUGAGCUGACCCACACAGAAGAGGUGGCUCUUGCACCCAACUUGCCGUUGUUGGAUAAUUCGCCUCUUAAGGCAGAAAAAAACCAACAUAGACAAGAAACAAACGUCCAAGAUCACCAAGACACUUCAUUUGAAUCAUUGCCCGCCUACCUCCCUUCAACCAGCUGGCUUGCUGAUUUUGAUAGUGUGUACUGCAGCAAGAUGCCACCAACUCCCAAGAAGCACAACAGACCUCAGACCAGCCGCGUGUUUGAUGUGCCAACCAGAAGAAGAAAACUAGAUCUAGACUACAAAGAACAACCUACCGUCCGCAAGCCAAAAGAAAGGUACAAACCCAAAGGGAAGGUGGAUCGGAGAAGCCUCUCUGACCAUGAAUGCUGUCUUAACAGAAAUCUCAAUGAGAAUGCAUUCGCCCCCUGUGCAUCCAGGAGGGAGCGACUUUGCUCCAGAUGUCUGGCAAAAAGCAGUAUCUGCACGUCUGUCAGUCCAGGACUCGACGGUCACUCCAUAAAAAGAAAAGCUGUUCCUUUCCAACAGUGGAGUGACUUACCAACAUGUGAAGCCUGUAAAUUUCACUCCAAGAAACAUCUGAUGAGAAAAGGCUCCGGUCCUGAUGUCCGUGGCCCUCAUCACGGACACAACAGUGAGGGGGAAUCUUCUGAGAAUGGCUCAUGUUGCUGGAGGCCGUCUGAUCAUCUGAGGAAGCACAACAAGAGACCACUAGCUUCCAAGCAAAAUGUGGAGAAAUGUCCUGCAGCGAUGUACCCAAAGCUGAGGGAAAGGAACUGUGUGUGCAAUGAGCCGCAGCAUCAGACUGUCGCAUGGGAGAAGCUGCGCCACUGUCCCCAUGGCAACGCCAUCCGAGAGAUCGACGAGAACUGUGCUGCGCCAGUUUCCCUCCAGGACAAAUGGAGGACAAUGGAUCAGAUUUACUUGACACACAGAAGGCAAACAGAGAAGUCACAGAAAGCAGUGAUUCCUAACCCUGACAGUGACGGUGCCAAGAAUGAGGCCAGAUCACCACAUUUUAAAAAACACAAGAAAUCACAACCACAGUCACAAGGUUUGAUUUUGGUAUUUUACUUUACUGUACUGUAAAUUCAGCUUAACAUCAUUUAAAUCAAGAUUUUCACAGAGGAACGGAGCCUUUGAGUGCAGAAAAAUGAGCGUUAAAUAUAUUAAAGGAAUACUUCACCCCUCUAAUGACCAGUGUAUAUCAAUAACUUACCCUGUGUUACUUUUAAUUUAUGAAGAAACAUUUGCUUUUCUCGCGUUCCUUCACGGUCAACGAAGAAUCCAAAAAGGGCAUUAAAGUCAUAGGUGAGAGCAGGUUACAACAGCAAAACAAUGGAAACGUCCAUUUACAAACUCACACAACUAGUGCAGGAUAAUCACAGCCUUAUUCAGUCAUAUGGUCAGUACUCGCCAAACACAGUCCUUUCCACCAGGGAACAUAACAGAAAGUGAAACUUAAUUUAUGUUUGCUUCAAAGCUGGACUCUAUUGACCAAAAAAAAUAAAAAAUUACCUCCCUGAACGUUGAAGUUACUGGUCGACCACUGCCUCGAUCAGUUAGUUUAUGUUUUUGACUUUGUUGGAUCUAACUAACUUUAAAACACCCAAGUCACACAAUAAUGCAAAUAAACUAAUUGAUUAAGUCAGUGGUAGACCAGCAGCUUCUGUAUUCAGCGAGGUAAAAUACUGUUUUUGUCAAUGGAGUCUGGCUUUGAAGAGAGCAGAGAUAAGUUUAAUUUUUUGUUGAGUUUCCUGUCAGAAAGGGCUGUCUGUUUGGGAGGUACUGAGCAUACGACUGGAAAAAUGAAACUUGGAUUAAACUGCAUGAGUUGUGUGAGAGUUUGUAAACAGAUGUUCUCAUAUAAUGUUGCUGUUGUUAAAAGUGGACCCUCAUGACUUGAUUCAUCAUGAAUCUUUCUCUGUUUUUGGAUUCUUCGUUUACCAGAGGCAUGUGAGGGGAAACGUUUUUGUCUCACUUCAACAUAACACUGGGUGAGUAAUUGAUGCACAAAUGGUCAUUUGAUGGGUGAGGUAUUCCUUUAAUGUGUGUACAAAUACAGGCACUAAAUGGCGAGAAGAACAUAGAAAAACAUGAUAAAUUGGUCUCAACAUAAACUGCCACUUUGUGUUCUCGAUCUCAUUUAGUGUCUGUAUUUGUACACAAAUCUUAAAUCUUUUCACCUCUCUACAUACUACUGACGUGUUUGAGAAGACUGUCUUCACUACUUCCUGUAAAUUAAGAUCUACAACCUUUUCACUUUGCAUUUAUUAUAGAUCAUCAUGGCUAUUUAUACACGUACUGACAUAAUUUGCAUGUUCACAGUGCAGUUUUCA